AUGACUAAAAUCGAUAGUGAGAACCAUGUCAAAAGUAAAAAUGUUGUAACUGGCAAUGAUAUCAAAUCUUACUUAAAUUAUCAAGAACGCCAAGCAAUUAUUGAUUCCUGGAAUGCAAUCUCUACAGAAAAGCAAAAAUAUGGAACUAUCUUAUUCUUAAAACUAUUUGAAUUAGAACCUAGAGUUAAAAGCCUCUUUACCAUCUUCGAUUUCAAUGAACCGCUGGAAGAUAUUAUACAAUCGCCUCAUUUCCGUAGCCAUGCCAUGCGAUUUAUGCAAUCCUUGGAAACUGGAGUUUUAAUGGGCUUUGAUAAAGAAAGUUGUGAUUUUUUAUUUAAGUCUCUAGGAAGUCGCCAUCACUUUUACGAUCUUAAAAGUGAAUUUCUAGAUGUUAUUCCCGAGUGUAUCUUGCACACAAUAAAGAAAGGUUGCGGUAAUAACUGGAGUAACGAAACUGCUGAUGCAUGGAAAAUUGCAACUAAAGUUUUAUGCGAGCUAUUUCGGGAAGGACUAGAAACUAAGCCUAAGAAAUAG